AUGUGUGAUGCUGACUACAGUCUGGACCUCAAACAUCCACAGGACUACAGUCUGGACCUCAAACAUCCACAGGACUACAGUCUGGACCUCAAACAUCCACAGGACUACAGUCUGGACCUCAAACAUCCACAGGACUACAGUCUGGACCUCAAACAUCCACAGGACUACAGUCUGGACCUCAAACAUCCACAGGUCUACAGUCUGGACCUCAAACAUCCACAGGUCUACAGUCUGGACCUCAAACAUCCACAGGACUACAGUCUGGACCUCAAACAUCCGCAGGUCUACAGUCUGGACCUCAAACAUCCACAGGACUACAGUCUGGACCUCAAACAUACACAGGUCUACAGUCUGGACCUCAAACAUCCACAGGACUACAGUCUGGACCUCAAACAUCCGCAGGUCUACAGUCUGGAACUCAAACAUCCACAGGACUACAGUCUGGACCUCAAACAUACACAGGUCUACAGUCUGGACCUCAAACAUCCACAGGACUACAGUCUGGACCUCAAACAUCCACAGGUCUACAGUCUGGACCUCAAACAUCCACAGGUCUACAGUCUGGACCUCAAACAUCCACAGGACUACAGUCUGGACCUCAAACAUCCACAGGUCUACAGUCUGGACCUCAAACAUCCACAGGUCUACAGUCUGGACCUCAAACAUCCACAGGUCUACAGUCUGGAUCUCAAACAUCCACAGGACUACAGUCUGGACCUCAAACAUCCACAGGACUACAGUCUGGACCUCAAACAUCCACAGGACUACAGUCUGGACCUCAAACAUCCACAGGUCUACAGUCUGGACCUCAAACAUCCACAGGUCUACAGUCUGGACCUCAAACAUCCACAGGACUACAGUCUGGACCUCAAACAUCCACAGGUCUACAGUCUGGACCUCAAACAUCCACAGGUCUACAGUCUGGACCUCAAACAUCCACAGGACUACAGUCUGGACCUCAAACAUCCGCAGGUCUACAGUCUGGACCUCAAACAUCCACAGGACUACAGUCUGGACCUCAAACAUACACAGGUCUACAGUCUGGACCUCAAACAUCCACAGGACUACAGUCUGGACCUCAAACAUCCACAGGUCUACAGUCUGGACCUCAAACAUCCACAGGUCUACAGUCUGGACCUCAAACAUCCACAGGACUACAGUCUGGACCUCAAACAUCCACAGGUCUACAGUCUGGACCUCAAACAUCCACAGGUCUACAGUCUGGACCUCAAACAUCCACAGGUCUACAGUCUGGAUCUCAAACAUCCACAGGACUACAGUCUGGACCUCAAACAUCCACAGGACUACAGUCUGGACCUCAAACAUCCACAGGACUACAGUCUGGACCUCAAACAUCCACAGGUCUACAGUCUGGACCUCAAACAUCCACAGGUCUACAGUCUGGACCUCAAACAUCCACAGGACUACAGUCUGGACCUCAAACAUCCACAGGUCUACAGUCUGGACCUCAAACAUCCACAGGUCUACAGUCUGGACCUCAAACAUCCGCAGGACUACAGUCUGGAUCUCAAACAUCCACAGGACUACAGUCUGGACCUCAAACAUCCACAAGACUACAGUCUGGACCUCAAAAAUCCACAAGACUACAGUCUGGACCUCAAACAUACACAGGACUGCAGUCUGGACCUCAAACAUCCACAGGUCUACAGUCUGGACCUCAAACAUACACAGGACUGCAGUCUGGACCUCAAACAUCCACAGGACUGCAGUCUGGACCUCAAACAUCCGCAGGUCUACAGUCUGGACCUCAAACAUCCACAGGACUACAGUCUGGACCUCAAACAUCCACAGGUCUACAGUCUGGACCUCAAACAUCCACAGGACUACAGUCUGGACCUCAAACAUCCACAGGUCUACAGUCUGGACCUCAAACAUCCACAGGACUACAGUCUGGACCUCAAACAUCCACAGGUCUACAGUCUGGACCUCAAACAUCCACAGGACUACAGUCUGGACCUCAAACAUCCACAGGUCUACAGUCUGGACCUCAAACAUCCACAGGUCUACAGUCUGGACCUCAAACAUCCACAGGUCUACAGUCUGGACCUCAAACAUCCACAGGACUACAGUCUGGACCUCAAACAUCCACAGGUCUACAGUCUGGACCUCAAACAUCCACAGGACUACAGUCUGGACCUCAAACAUCCACAAGUCUACAGUCUGGACCUCAAACAUCCACAGGACUACAGUCUGGACCUGAAACAUCCACAGGACUACAGUCUGGACCUCAAACAUCCACAGGUCUACAGUCUGGACCUCAAACAUCCACAGGACUACAGUCUGGACCUCAAACAUCCACAGGUCUACAGUCUGGACCUCAAACAUCCACAGGACUACAGUCUGGACCUCAAACAUCCACAGGACUACAGUCUGGACCUCAAACAUCCACAGGACCUCAGUCUGGACCUCAAACAUCCACAGGACUACAGUCUGGACCUCAAACAUCCACAGGUCUACAGUCUGGACCUCAAACAUCCACAGGUCUACAGUCUGGACCUCAAACAUCCACAGGACUACAGUCUGGACCUCAAACAUCCACAGGACUACAGUCUGGACCUCAAACAUCCACAGGACCUCAGUCUGGACCUCAAACAUCCACAGGUCUACAGUCUGGACCUCAAACAUCCACAGGACUACAGUCUGGACCUCAACAUCCACAGGAUACAGUCUGGACCUCAAACAUCCACAGGUCUACAGUCUGGACCUCAAACAUCCACAGGACUACAGUCUGGACCUCAAACAUCCACAGGUCUACAGUCUGGACCUCAAACAUCCACAGGUCUACAGUCUGGACCUCAAACAUCCACAGGACUACAGUCUGGACCUCAAACAUCCACAGGACUACAGUCUGGACCUCAAACAUCCACAGGACCUCAGUCUGGACCUCAAACAUCCACAGGACUACAGUCUGGACCUCAAACAUCCACAGGUCUACAGUCUGGACCUCAAACAUCCACAGGACUACAGUCUGGACCUCAACAUCCACAGGACUACAGUUUGGACCUCAAACAUCCACAGGUCUACAGUCUGGACCUCAAACAUCCACAGGACUACAGUCUGGACCUCAAACAUCCACAGGUCUACAGUCUGGACCUCAAACAUCCACAGGACUACAGUCUGGACCUCAAACAUCCACAGGUCUACAGUCUGGACCUCAAACAUCCACAGGACUACAGUCUGGACCUCAAACAUCCACAGGUCUACAGUCUGGACCUCAAACAUCCACGGGACUACAGUCUGGACCUCAAACAUCCACGGGACUACAGUCUGGACCUCAAACAUCCACAGGACUACAGUCUGGACCUCUAA